AAGAACGUUGCUACUUUAAUAGAAUCAUUUCUGAAGACGGGUUGUUUAAAUUUUAUUAGAAAAUUUUGUUUAUAUCAUAUCUAUAAAAAUGGUUGUGUGGAUACGUAUGCGUAAUAUUACAACUCUAGCUGUUGGGACCGCCGCUGGAUUGUUCGCUUAUUAUUAUCAACAUUUUCAAAAGAAACAAAGUGUAGUCAACAAUUCGUGGACAAAUUCGAAUGUACAAUUGAGUGAAACUGCGUUAUGGAACGUUGAUUGGGAUUGCAGAGAACCACACAGUCUCGUACGCCCGUUAAAAAAUGAAACACCACAAGAACAAAAUAGAUAUAACAUAGAUUUGGAAAGCAUGAGAACAACUGCUACUCGCCAUAUUAUCCUUGUUCGACAUGGAGAGUAUCUAGACACUGGUGAAAAAGAUGUUACACACCAUCUUACAGAUCGCGGUAAAAAGCAAUCUAAGUACACUGGAAAACGCUUAAAGGAAUUGGAUAUUAAAUGGGAGAAGAUAGUUGUUUCUACAAUGACACGAGCACAAGAAACUGCUGAUGUUCUACUUAAAGAAAUUGACUAUAAUCCAAAAGUUAUAAAACACUGCAGUUUUAUAAGAGAGGGUGCGCCAAUACCACCCCAACCACCUGUUGGCCAUUGGCGACCAGAAAAAUCACAGUUUUACCGUGACGGAGCAAGAAUUGAAGCAGGUUUCCGAAAGUAUUUUCAUCGAGCUUAUCCCAGUGAAAAGGGCGAAACUUAUACGUUAAUUGUGGGCCAUGGAAACGUUAUUAGAUAUUUCGUAUGCCGCGCACUUCAAUUCCCAGCAGAGGCAUGGCUUCGUAUGAACAUAAAUCACGGUUCUAUUACAUGGUUAACCAUUAAUCCUUCAGGAAAUGUAUCUAUUAGGUACUUAGGAGAUACAGGAUUUAUGCCUCCUAAAUACUUGACCAAUAGAAUUCCACGCGAAACGAAAAGCGUUUAAUGAAAUUUCUGUGCAAAACUGAAUUCAACAAAUUUCAUUGAUAUGUAAUACUUGUAAUAUGUAAGUUUAAUUAAGCAAUUUUAAUUGGAUAAAAUAAAACGGUAAAAUACCUUUUUUACAUAA